AUGGCAUCAACCCUCAAAGGCCCCGGCGAAGCCCGCACAUACGACGGUAAUAUGCUCCCCUGCCAUGAGAUCCCACAUCCCACAUCCCACAUCCCACCUUUGGCUCUAACACCGUCACCCUCUGUCCGGCAGGCUCAUCCCUCCGAAUCGGCAUCCUGCACGCCCGCUGGAACACGAAAAUCAUCGCCGCGCUGCUCGAAGGCACGAAGAAGAAACUGCACGCGGCAGGCGUCCGGGAAGAAAACAUCAUCACGCAGAGCGUGCCCGGGAGCUACGAAUUGCCGUACGCGUGUCAGCAGAUGAUCCAGGCCGGGCAGACGCAGCAGCAAUCUGGCCUGCUGCAGUCGGCCACGGAUCUGCUUUCGUCUUCCACGACGGAUCUCACUGCUGUUGCGGAGAAGGGGAAGGGUGGUGGUGGGGCGGCGGGGCCUUUUGAUGCGGUGAUUGCGAUCGGGGCGCUGAUCAAGGGGAGCACGAUGCAUUUCGAGUACAUCAGUGAUGCGGUCUCGCAUGGUCUGAUGCGGGUGCAGUUGGAUACUGGGGUUCCGGUGGUGUUUGGGCUUUUGACGCUUCUGACGGAAGAGCAAGGACUGGAGAGGGCGGGGAUCGAUGCGGCAGGGAAGGGACACAACCAUGGGGAGGAUUGGGGGAGUGCAGCGGUGGAGUUGGGGAUGAAGAGGAAGGGAUGGGCGGAAGGGAAGUGGGUUGAUUAG